GCCACCGUAGUGACAAUUUGUACUAAUUUUUUGCUAUCUGUUUCUCCCCCAAAAAUUUGUUUACUCAAUUGUUUUCAAAGAAAACUUCAACAAAUAUAAAGUAAAAAGGCAAAAAAUUCAGCAGAGGAGAGUGGAGAGAUGGCUCACGUGCAAUACGUCGAUGGGCUGAUACGGGAGUACAUGCUCUUCCGGGGAUUUUCAAAUUCCCUCAAAGCAUUCGAUACGGAGCUGAAGAAUGACAAAGACAAAAGCUUCCGUGUGGACAAAAUAAUCGAUAAAAUCACCCAUUCAAUAAAUAUCCAAGAUCUCGCUGCUCUACGAGAGAUCUGGGCACAUCUGGAUGGUAUCCUGUUCACAAAACUCGAGCACUCCUACACAGUGGCUGUCAAGAAGCUGGAAUCUGGGAUACUGAAGCUGUACCUCGUCACAGCGUUCAGUGCCAAUAAGCUGGAGAAGAUCACGGAGUUCUUUAGUAAAUUAGCUCCUGAACUACAGAAUCAACCCGAAUGGAAGGAAUGGUUCUUAUUUCCAUUCUGCAAGAAUCCAGAUGAACAUUCCGUUUUUGGGGUUUGCUUCACAAAGCAGUGGCAGGAUACCCUUAUAAUUUCCCUCCAUAACUUCCUGGCCACAAUAUUCCAGUGUAUGCCACAGCCAACGCUUAUUCGUGCAGAAACGGAAGCAUCAAUGAUAAAGAAGUUGCAGGAUGAGAAUGCCUCGCUAAGGAGUCGCCUGCAGGCACUCUCCAUAGCCAGUCCACAAGCAGCAUCCUCAUCUGGGGCUUCAACAUCCCAUCAAUCACGCAUUUCAGCUUUCACGGACCAGAAAAGCUACGAUUCCAACAGACAGAGAGCAUCAGGAUCCUCCCAAACGGCUAAAGGGGGCACUUCGCAGAAUCCCCUCAAUGAUGUCGUGCCCUUUGACAUUCCCCCACCAACUCACAUAAUCGAUGACUUCUACAUCAUUGCCCAGGAGACGCUAAAUCUCGGCCAGAGUGCUGACAUCCAAGCCAAAGGGUUCAAGUCCCUCAUUCGCAACAUGAACAUCGGUACCGGAGGUAGCCCCGUAAUGGGACGAAAGGAUGAUAGGAACAAAAAGAGAUCCGGAAGUGUGGGCAGCCGUACGUGGAUGCACAGGGAAUAGAGCAAACAUACCAAAACAUCAUGGAAUUCCCAAAAAUUAAUUUAAAAACCAAAAUCAUUCAGAAAUCUCAUCAAAUAAAUAAAUAUCCGUUGAUAAUUUGAA